GAACCCAAUAGAAUUACAAACCAAUAUUAUUGAUCUUAUCUAAAACUUCAUACGAUCGACUUGCAGUAAAGAAAUCAGUGAGAAAUGUCGGAGCUGUUCAUAAAACAAUCAAAGCAAUAUGCCGAGACUCGGCCAUGCUACCCCGAAGAGCUGUUUGAAUACAUUGCCUCCAAGACCCCUUGUCACGACCUCGCAUGGGAUGUCGGCACCGGCAGUGGCCAGGCUGCCCGAUCCCUAGCCGGGAUCUUCAAGAAUGUGAUAGCCACAGAUACAAGCCAAAAACAACUCGAGUUGGCACCCAAGCUGCCCAAUAUUAGCUACGAACACACCCCUCCUGUCAUGUCAAUAGCCGAGGUUGAACAAAAGUUGACACCAAAAUCAAGUGUUGAUCUGGUGAUCGUUGCUCAGGCCCUCCAUUGGUUUGACCUCCCCAAUUUCUAUCAACAAGUGAAACAUGUACUGAAGAAACCUAAUGGUGUCCUUGCAGCAUGGUGCUAUACAGUGCCUAGGGUUAACAGCAUUGUAGACACCGUCUUUGAUCGUUUUUACACCGUUGAUUCUGAUCCUUACUGGGAUCCAGCACGUAAAUUGGUUGACGACAAGUAUAAGAGUAUCGAAUUUCCAUUUGAGCCGGUGGACGGAGAAGAGAACACAGGACCAUUUGAGUUCGUGACAGAGCAGUUAAUGGAUUUGGAUGGCUUUUUUACAUACAUAAGGUCAUGGUCUGCAUAUCAGACGGCAAAAGAAAAGGGUGUUGAGCUCUUGAGUAGUCAUAUGAUCGAGGCAUUUAAGCAAACUUGGAAUGAAGGUGGAGAUCAUGGUCAGAAGGUUGUCAAGUUUCCAGUCAAUUUAAGAAUUGGAAAAGUGGAGAAGCAAUAUUAAGCUUUCCUAUUUCUAGUUUCUCACGUAAGGUCGAGAGCCUGUCUUUUCACAAUAUUAGAAAAGUGGGGAACUAAGAUUUAAUUUCAGAGGCAUCAUGGUCAAAUAAUUAUUUGCCACAUGUUCAAAAAGUGAUUUGAAGAGAAACAACAUUAUGUUUUUUUCCUACUUUAUUGCUUAAAUAAAUGUGGUUACUUUUUUUUUCUU